GUGUCAAGGUCUUUUGCUUGCUGGAAGGAGGCGCAUUCCUGCACAAGGUCAGAGGGCGAGAUACGGGCACCGUCCUCUAUGCCGGAGAAGUGCUGAAUCCAUACAUUCUCUGCCUCCUCAGCACUUUGCACCGGCUCCCCACUGGGGUGGCAGAGGGGACGGAGUCUGGUAACGACAUCCGCGGUAGGGAGGGCAGCCGCGUAUUCGGCUGUUACAUUGACCCGGUGAAGAACAUCCUGACGUAUCAGGAUGCGAAAGAGUGCAAGGAGGCGCCCUACCGGAAGGGUGACAUUGCGGUGGAGGCAAAGAAGUGCCGCCCACGCUUCGGCGAGCCCAAGCAGGAACGGCAUCUUCCCCUUUUUGAGGGGAAUGCCAAAGCAAGACCAAGGUUGGAGCGGCAGGGCCCGGCAAAUGCCCUGCAAUGUGGCUCGACCGGUUGCGGUGCACAUGGCCUCCCUGUCAAGACUGGCAACCUGCGACUGGCGUACCUUGGAAAGCUGCGCAGCGAAGGAUGUCGACAGGCCAAUGCCAAAGUGAUCAACCCUGGCCUGCCCCCAGUCGAGAGCGGUGUCCACCCACGAUCCGCCAUAUGGUACACGCCAG